CGGGACCCCCCUACGACUAAACAGGGCGGGGGUUACUUCCACGUUCCCGCAUCACGAUCACCAUGUCUCGUCGCGGUGUUGGCCUGGGCGCUUUUGCCAACCGUACUCAAGCAACACAGUCUUUCGCCACUCAUGGCGCCAACCUACGGUCCACGCAUACGGCGUCUCUCCAGACACAGCUUUCCGUGUUCCAGUCCUUACUCCAUACCUUCGCCCUAGAGCAUAGCUCCACCAUCAAGUCCAAUCCUACCUUCCGAGCCGAGUUCGCGCGCAUGUGCAAUACGAUCGGAGUCGAUCCUCUUGCUGCGAGUAACGUCAAAGGCAAGAAUGGCCGUCGCGGUCUUGGCGAGGGAGGGAGUUUCUGGACACAGAUCAUGGGCGGUGAUAUGAACGACUUCUACUUUGAGGUUGCUGUCCGCGUCGUGGAGCUAUGCCGAGACACUAGGGACGAGAAUGGCGGAUUGAUCGGAGUAGAAGAAUGCCGAAAGCGGGUGCGCAAAGGGAAGGCAAUUGGAAGUGGACUGGAGGUUUCUGAAGAUGAUAUCCUCCGCGCCGUUCGGUCUCUAGAGCCUCUCGGCUCCGGCUUUUCUAUCGUCCACGUUGGCUCAAAGCAAUAUAUCCGGUCGAUUCCAAAGGAGCUGAACACCGAUCAGGCGACCGUACUGGAAGUCAUUCAAAUGCUUGGAUUUGUGAGCUUAUCAAUGCUACAGCUUAAUCUCAACUGGGAGAAAGCCCGGGCGCAGACUGUCAUCGAUGACCUCCUGGCCGAUGGCCUUGUUUGGCUGGAUGCUCAGGGCCCGGAGAAGGAGUAUUGGUCACCUCAAAACCUGCUAGAUGAUAGUGGAUGAAAGCAAUCACCCAUGCGCCUCGGUUGUCGAGGUACGAAAUACUUACUAAACGAUGGUCCUUCGAGAGAUCACAACACGCCGACAAGGAUGCCCAAAGUGGACCGCCCUUCCCAACCGCGAGAUCAAACGCGUCGGGCCUUUUGCUCUUCAGCGUACCUCGGGGAAACGGCGUCGCGGAUAACAUGAUCUCAAAUCUGCGGAAAUUGCAACUGAAUUAGCUUCGCCGUAUGCCCAACCGGGUGCCUGAUAAACUCGUGAUCCUUGAAUCUGGAAAGCCCAGCACGCCAAGGAGAACAGUUGCUGAUUCCCAGGAACUGAGAUUGCGAUGAGUCCAGGUUCCGGCUCCAACUUCUCGUUAGAUAAUUUCUAGAGAUCUUUUAGAUCAUAUCUAUAUAUAUAUAUAUAUAUAUACCAAAUUACCCAGAGAAGUUGAGAAAUUAAG